UUGCCGAUUGGAAUGGUAAGAGAAUUUCAAAGAUGGGCAUGAAAAAAUAUUCCAUUUCCAUCUAUAUAUUAUAAUCUAUUUUCAGAUUGGAAUCACACCAAACCCAAUUCUCUAGAAUAAAAAAAAAAAAACAUGAAACCACCAAGAAACUCAACCUACGCAUACGAUUUGAACUAAAAAAAAAAAGCUUCCAUCUUUUUCUUGUGGAGAAUGCAAGUCAUGAGACGAAACCCACAUGGGGAGGGUCUAGAGAUGGCCGGAAAACUACCACCGGCGGCGGAGAAGUCGAACCGGGUCAGCCGGAGGAAUACCGGGUCCGGUAUGAGGACCCGGUUGGCUUGCACGUGCUCGGGUCGACCCGGUUCGACGAGAUGUGUGCAGCACGGCUACAUGGUUCCAAGCGGGGAGAAGAAGGUGGUGAUGAGGAGGGCGAGUGACGGAAGCAGAGAGGUUUUGCGGCGAGCUAUGACGCCGCCAGGUCGCCGGAUAAGUCUCCGGUGGUGGAAUUUCCGGCCGACUCCGAGCCGACUUUGCAACAUGUCCUCCGCUUGAUCUCUUCUUUCUGAAAUAAAAAUAUUGGUGGGUUUUAAAGUUUGAAACUUUAUAUAUAUGUUCCAACUUCAUUUGAUCUCAUUUCUUUAUGUCCUGAUGAGGAAAAAAGGCAUAUUACUUCUGAUUAUAUAAAGGCAGAGCAGAGAAUUCAACAGUCAAAAUACGAUUGCAAGUCAAAUGUUUGAACAUUGAAAUCAAAAUCAAAUAUCAAAUUCUCGGCAAAAGAUGCCAUGGAUUCAGUAGACAGAAGAAACCGGCAUCACAUAUUUCAUUCUAUAGAGGGCAGAACGUGUAUUGGAGGCAAA